UUGGUGUCAUGGAACCCAGUUACAGGGCUUUGGUAAUUCAGCCCUGUAACUGGGAGUCAUAACAUAAACAAUCCCAGGAGCACCUGGCAGAAGAAGAUAGAAUAUGCCUGGGAACUUGGGGCCGAAAGUAUAAACAAUUAUAAUUGGUCUAGUGUGUGAAAAUGGUAGUAAUGUGAUAUUGGGGGUGGGACUUGAUGAUGAUAUUUACGUGUGGUGUUACGUAGCAUCAAAAGUUAUAAAAGUAGUUGUAUGUAAACAUUGGGUCAUUCCUGACUUUUCCAAAGUCAUGUGUUCUUCAAUAAAGAUUGGAUUUGAGAGCAGCCAUCUCUGAUCUGCGUUCAGACUGAUCCUUUGAAGUGAGCAGGACAAUUAAGUCAGGAAUCCAGUUCUCACCCUCCUGCAAAUUUGCAGUGAAGUGAUAAUGAGCAGGGAAGGAGAUCAAAGCCAUGACGGAGCAAAGGGGCCUCCGCUGGGAGCUCUGCCGUUGGCAGAAGAGACAUUGCAAGCCAUAGCUUCCUCUACGGGGUACCCCAAGCCGGACGGCGUGACCCAGAGGAUUCCCAGAGGGGGAAGAGGCGUUCCGGCGGCGGCAGAAACCAGUUGGGGAUCUGGAGGAAGCAUGCCGGAGACCGUGGCCCAGCGGUUAUCCAUCCUGGAAACUCAUUUAUCCAGGCUGUCGGAUACCGUGGGGAGAAUAGUGCCAAUAUUGGAAGAGAAUCUCCAAAAAGAGCACAUCCGAUAUGGCGCCGAGAGAGAGCCAAGCAAAGGAGGCGAUUGGAGCCAGAGGGGACAGCGAGCUUCAACGCAGAGUCCCGCGGCGGCAAGGGACGAGGGAGACGAGGAAUAUUGGCAAGAGCUGGAGUUCCGGGACAGAAUGGCGCGCGAAGUGGAGCGCCAGCAAGCUCUGGGAACUCUGAGGCCGCCAACCCCAACAGAGCUCCCAACCCCCCGAAUGGGCGUCGGAGUAGAAAGACCACUGGGGCCAGGGAUCGGGUCCAGUGGAUUAGCUGACGAAGGCGGAGAGGAGCAGGAGAUCCAGGAAGAGGAGGAGGAUGUGCCGUACGACGGGGAAAGGCGAGAUGCGGGGGCUACAGCGAGGCCAGUAUGCGGAUGGGGGGAAGGGCCGACAGCGGCGGCAGGAUUUCGGGAGCCGCGCAGAAUGACCACCGGAGUGGGGCGUGGCGUGAUCCAAGGAAACCCGAUGCAACCCUUCCCCAUGCCUCCCAGACAGCAUCAACGGGCCGCUGAAUGGAUGCCAAGAAGGGAAGAUCUCAAGCUAGAAUACGGAGGGGAAUCAGCCGAACUGAACUUUUUUCUAAUUAGCAUCAGGGGAUACAUGGAAGACAAUGCACACACAUUCCCCUCCGAAGCAAGCAGGGUUCGGGCCAUCGGCAACACACUAAAGAGAGGAGCGGCCAGCUGGUAUGUGCAACUACAUGCCAGACAGGACCCAUGCCUGAGGUCAGUGCCCCGCUUCCUCGCCGCACUGGAAAACCGGUUCAGAGACCGGCUAGAGCAAUUGAGAGCUCGAGACCAGCUUAGAGGAAUAAAGCAGAGGGACAAAACGGUGCCCGAGUACGCAGAAGAAUUCCUCCACCUCGCGGAAAGGGUACCAGAGUGGUCUGAAGUGACCAAAGUGGAAUUAUUUAAAGAGGGACUACGCCCCGAGAUUUUCAGCUGGGCAGCGCACAGAGAUGACCCCGAAACGCUCCAGGGAUGGAUUCAACUAGCGGGGCGCGUUGAAUCCACCCUGGCCCAAGUAAAGCGCUUCAGGAGCAGCGGCGGCCAGCAAAGACCGGUGGCGAGAGGUUGAGGAGAAACGAGGAAGCAGGAAAGACCCGGAGGGAGGCCGGGGAUUCCCUCCAGAGGAGACGACAACAAACCUAAACCGGGAUGCUUUGUAUGUGGGAAGACGGGCCAUCGAGCAGCAGAAUGCUGGGCACGGAAGGGGGAGCCGCCAAAACCCUCAAAGCCCAAGCCAGCAACCGGGAGGCGUGCGGAGGAGGAGGUGCAAGCCCCAGAAUCUCCAGAAAAAUUGGCUUGUGAUGAAAGAAGAACCGAAGAGGAGGACGAAGAAAAGGAGGGCACCAUGUCAUGGAACCCAGUUACAGGGCUUUGGUAAUUCAGCCCUGUAACUGGGAGUCAUAACAUAAACAAUCCCAGGAGCACCUGGCAGAAGAAGAUAGAAUAUGCCUGGGAACUUGGGGCCGAAAGUAUAAACAAUUAUAAUUGGUCUAGUGUGUGAAAAUGGUAGUAAUGUGAUAUUGGGGGUGGGACUUGAUGAUGAUAUUUACGUGUGGUGUUACGUAGCAUCAAAAGUUAUAAAAGUAGUUGUAUGUAAACAUUGGGUCAUUCCUGACUUUUCCAAAGUCAUGUGUUCUUCAAUAAAGAUUGGAUUUGAGAGCAGCCAUCUCUGAUCUGCGUUCAGACUGAUCCUUUGAAGUGAGCAGGA